AUGGCGAUGAGAUCGUUAGCUCAUACGCAUCGUCGAUUUGACCGGGAUUCAAAUUUGGCGCUUGAAUAUCGGAAGUUCAUGCUCGCAUACGAACAGCUCGGGCAUAUGGAACGCGUACCGCCGUCCGAAGUCGAAAAUCCGAGAGCGUGGUAUUUGCCGCAUCACGCUGUAAUCCAAUCGAAGAUCCGGAUAGUCUUCGACGCUUCGCGAAAGACUAGUCUCGGAAAAUGUCUAAAUGAUUUUCUCAUGAAGGGACCCGCGCUUCAGAGCGAUCUAGCUUUGAUCUUGUUAAAUUGGCGACGUUACCGUUACGCUUUCACUGCGGAUGUCGUCAAGAUGUUUCGACAGAUUCGCGUCGCGCCGGACGAUCAGGAUUUCCAACGAAUAGUCUGGUCCCCCAGUCGAUCUGAUCCGCCGAUAUAUUUUCGUUCAACGACGAUAACUUACGGCACAGCCUGUGCACCAUACCUUGCGAUUCGCACGAUUCGGCAGAUAGCUAGCGAUGAGGGAGCACGGUAUCCGCUCGGGGCUUCGUGUUUGAACAACAAUACAUAUGUUGACGAUAUAUUCGCUGGAGCGGAUGAGUUGUCUGCCGCGAAAAGAAUACGGGAGGAAUUAGUUAGUAUGUUGAGGGCGGCGGGAGUGGAGCUGGAUAAGUGGGCUGCAAAUCAUGCUGAUUUGCUUCCUUCUCAAGCUGCGCAGCGUGAGGAUGACAAGAUAAAGUCUAUCGCGGACGGAGAGUCGAUAAAGACCCUCGGAGUUAGGUGGAAUCAGAGGUUCGACGAAUUUAGUUUCACAACGUUGAAUUUCGAAGAUUAA